UGGUGGCAGCAGCCGGGCCAACCGACAGGGGACAGACAGCAGGUCCAGCUCCCAGAGCAGGGGCCUCAGCUGCCCUCGGUGGCACGUUGAUCCUGGGGGUGGCCGCUGGCCCAGCCCGAGGAGGCCCACGGCCACCAUGGUCCCUUGCUGGAACCAUGGCAACAUCACCCGCUCCAAGGCCGAGGAGCUGCUCUCCAGGACGGGCAAGGACGGGAGUUUCCUCGUGCGCGCCAGCGAGUCCAUCUCCCGGGCGUACGCGCUCUGCGUGCUGUAUCGGAACUGUGUUUAUACUUACAGAAUUCUGCCCAAUGAAGAUGAUAAAUUCACUGUUCAGGCGUCCGAAGGCGUCCCCAUGAGGUUCUUCACCAAGCUGGACCAGCUCAUCGAGUUUUACAAGAAGGAAAACAUGGGUCUGGUGACCCACCUACAAUAUCCCGUGCCCCUGGAGGAGGAGGACGCGUGUGAUGAGCCAGAGGAGGAGACGGAAAGUAUCCAGUCUCCACCUGAGCUGCCGCCGAGAAACAUCCCUCUAUCGGCCGGGCCAUGUGAGGCCAAGGAGGUCCCUCUUUCGAGUGAGAAUCUGAGAGCCGCUGAGGUCAGCCGGCCAAGCCUCUCCGAGACGUUGUUUCAGCGACUGCAGAGCAUGGACACCAGCGGGCUUCCAGAAGAGCAUCUUAAAGCCAUCCAAGAUUAUUUAAGCACUCAGCUCGCCCUGGAUUCUGAUUUUGUGAAGACGGGUUCCAGCAGUCUCCCUCAUCUGAAGAAACUGACCAUGUUCCUGUGCAAGGAGCUCUAUGGCGAAGUCAUCCGGACCCUCCCCUCCCUGGAGUCUCUGCAGCGGGUGUUUGACCAGCAGCUCUCCCCCGGCCUCCGUCCACGGCCUCAGGCACCUGGCGAGGCCAAUCCCAUCAACAUGGUGGCCAAGCUCGGCCAGCUGACAAGUCUGCUGUCCUCCAUUGAGGAUAAGGUCAAGGCCUUGCUGCAUGAGGGUCCUGAGUCUCCCCAUCGGCGUUCCCUCAUCCCUCCGGUCACCUUUGAGGUAAAGUCGGAGUCUCUGGGGAUUCCUCAGAAAUUGCAGCUCAAAGUAGAUGUCGAGUCUGGAAAACUGAUAAUCAAGAAGUCCAAGGAUGGUUCUGAGGACAAGUUCUACAGCCACAAGAAAAUCCUGCAGCUCAUCAAGUCUCAGAAAUUUCUGAACAAGUUAGUGAUUUUGGUGGAAACAGAGAAGGAGAAGACCCUGCGGAAGGAAUACGUUUUCGCUGACUCCAAAAAGAGAGAAGGCUUCUGCCAGCUUCUCCAGCAGAUGAAGAACAAACAUUCGGAGCAGCCAGAGCCUGACAUGAUCACCAUCUUCAUCGGCACCUGGAACAUGGGUAACGCCCCCCCUCCCAAGAAGAUCACGUCCUGGUUUCUCUCCAAGGGGCAGGGGAAGACGCGGGAUGACUCUGCUGACUACAUCCCCCACGACAUCUACGUGAUCGGCACCCAGGAGGACCCCCUGGGCGAGAAGGAGUGGCUGGAGAUACUCAGACACUCCCUGCAGGAAAUCACCAGCAUGACUUUUAAAACAAUCGCCAUCCACACACUCUGGAACAUCCGCAUCGUGGUGCUGGCCAAGCCAGAGCACGAGAACCGGAUCAGCCACAUCUGCACGGACAAUGUGAAGACGGGCAUCGCCAACACGCUGGGGAACAAGGGAGCUGUGGGGGUGUCAUUCAUGUUCAAUGGAACUUCCUUGGGAUUUGUCAACAGCCACUUGACUUCUGGAAGCGAAAAGAAACUCAGGCGAAACCAAAACUAUAUGAACAUUCUCCGGUUUCUGGCUCUGGGAGACAAGAAACUGAGUCCCUUUAACAUCACUCAUCGCUUCACCCACCUCUUCUGGCUCGGGGACCUCAACUACCGUGUGGACCUGCCCACCUGGGAGGCAGAAGCCAUCGUCCAGAAGAUCAAGCAGCAGCAGUACGCAGACCUGCUGUCCCACGACCAGCUGCUCAUGGAGAGGAAGGAGCAGAAGGUUUUCCUGCACUUUGAGGAGGAAGAAAUCACGUUCGCGCCCACCUACCGCUUUGAAAGACUCACUCGGGACAAGUACGCCUACACUAAGCAGAAAGCCACAGGGAUGAAGUACAACUUGCCCUCCUGGUGUGACCGGGUCCUCUGGAAGUCCUACCCCCUGGUGCACGUGGUGUGUCAAUCCUAUGGCAGCACCAGCGACAUCAUGACAAGUGACCACAGCCCUGUCUUUGCCACAUUUGAGGCAGGAGUCACCUCCCAGUUUGUCUCCAAGAACGGCCCUGGGACUGUCGACAGCCAGGGGCAGAUCGAGUUUCUCCGAUGCUACGCCACACUGAAGACCAAGUCCCAGACCAAGUUCUACCUGGAGUUCCACUCUAGCUGCUUAGAGAGUUUCGUCAAGAGUCAAGAAGGAGAAAAUGAAGAAGGAAGCGAAGGGGAGUUGGUGGUGAAGUUUGGAGAGACCCUUCCAAAGCUGAAGCCCAUCAUCUCCGACCCUGAGUACCUGCUGGACCAGCACAUCCUGAUCAGCAUCAAGUCCUCUGACAGCGACGAGUCCUACGGCGAGGGCUGCAUUGCUCUGCGGUUAGAGGCCACGGAAACCCAGCUCCCCAUCUACACACCUCUCACCCACCAUGGAGAGAUGAUGGGGCACUUCCGGGGGGAGAUUAAGCUGCAGACCUCCCAAGGCAAGACGAGGGAGAAGCUCUAUGACUUUGUGAAGACUGAGCGGGAUGAGUCCAGUGGGCCCAAGUCCCUGAAGAGCCUCACCAGCCACGACCCCAUGAAGCAGUGGGAACCCGCCAACAGGGUCCCUCCAUGUGGUGGCUCCAGCAUCACUGAAAUUAUCAACCCCAACUACAUGGGCGUGGGGCCCUUCGGGCACGUGAAGCAGACCCUGUCCCCCGACCAGCAGCCCACAGCGUGGAGCUACGACCAGCCACUCAAGGACUCCUCCCUGGGGCCUGGAAGGGGUGAGAGCCCACCAACACCGCCCUCCCAAGCGCCCGUCUCACCGAAGAAGUUCUCCUCCUCAACAGCAGCCCGGGGCCCCAGCCCCAGGACGCAGGAGUCAAGGCCCAGCGACAUGGGGAAGAAUGUGGCGGAACCUUUGCCUCAGGAGGACCUGCCACUGACCAAGCCCGAGAUGUUUGAGAACCCGCUCUAUGGGUCUGUGAGUUCCUUCCCUAAGCUGGUUCCCAGGAAAGAGCAGGAAUCCCCGAAAAUGCUGAGGAAGGAGCUCCCGCCCUGCCCGGACCCGGGAAUCUUGUCACCCAGCAUCCUGCUCUCCAAAGCCCAGGAGGCCGAGGGCAGCAAGGGGACAAGCAAGCCAGUGCCCCCGCCCCUACCCACACCCGCGCCCUUCCUCAGCCCCACGCCCCGGCUCCGCUCCUUCACCUGCUCGUCCUCCGCUGACGGCCGACCAGCGGGUGGGGACAAGAGUCAAGGGAAGCCCAAGGCCCCUGCCAGCACCCAAGCCCCGGUGCCGGCCAAGAGGCCCAUCAAGCCUUCCAGGUCAGAACUGAGCCAGCAGCCCCCGCCCGGCUCCGGGCAGCGGCCGCCCCUCCCAGUCAAGAGCCCGGCCGUCCUGCACCUGCAGCACUCCAAGAGCCGCGACUACCGCGACAACGCCGAGCUCCCCCACCACGGCAAGCCCCGGCCCGAGGACGCGCCGCUCCCCAGGGCCGCCAUGCAGUGAAGCCCCCGGCGAGCUGCCAGCGAGAUGGAGCCAGAGGAGCAGCACAAAGCCGCUCGGACCCUCUCCCGGGACCCCCGUUGGCUCCUCCUGCCCGGCUUCUGUGUGCUCAGCAGAGUGCGCCGCUGCGACACUUGGCAUCUGGUGCCGGGGUUGGAAGGACAAGCGCACCAGACAGACAGCAGACACCCGCAUACCUGGGCCCCAGCUUGAUCUUGGUACUCGGGACCCGAGAGCCUCGUUCCGGUCACCAUCGUGAAGAAAGGAACUAAAGCGCUGAUUCAUGGGUGGAGACAUAAAUAAUAAUAAUAAUAAUAUUAAUAAUAAUAAUUGCUACAUGUAUCGAGCACUCGCCUCGUGCCAGGUACCGUGCUUUCCGAACAUUCUGAGUUGAGUCUUCUUCAGCCAACCAAAAGCACAUUCCCAGACCUCCCAGGUCAACUCAGUAUGUCCUGAGUGGUUUGGACAGAGCAUUAAACAUGACGGCCAGUGCCCUCCUGGAGUGAGAUGGGGCCGGCCUCUAGGGAGCUGAAGAGUGAGUGGUUCAUGUAGGGUACAACAAACCUGGCCUCGUCUAGCUUCAGUGAUGCCAACUGCUUCAGCUAAAGCCCGGGGCUUCCCACAGAGCUGGGGUCUCUCUGGGUCCUCUCGGUUCUUCAGUCAGAAGGAGAAAAAAAAUCAGCUCCCACUCUCCAGUGGAGAGAUCCGGCUUCAGCCCGGGCUAGAGAUGCCCAGGCCAGUGCCAGGUCCCCCACACCCUCCUCAAGGUGGGCAGCACCACCCAGGCAAGGGGUUGAGCUGAGCCCCCAACAUUUGUGCUAAUGGAAGAGUCUCUGCUGUUGCUCGUGAAAGCCGAGUUCUCCCGCCUGGCUGCCAGGGAGGGCGGGCUUCUCGGUUCCCAGCUCUCACAGCGGGGCAGCCUUUACUUUCCAGAUUCCAUGGCUUUCAGCCCUGCUUCCUUGGUUACUAGACUAGAUUGGUGAUGUCUUUUCUUGUGUUGCUUUUUGAUGUAACAGAAUUUAACGUAGGAAACUGAAUCCAGAGUGUGUGUGAGUGAAGGAGAAUGGGUACGCACCCCACAUCCCCGUGUGUGUCAGUCCACGUGACCAAUAAAUUGUGCCUUUCUCUCUCA